AUGAUUAGAACCUUAUCCAAAAGUCGUUUAUCGGUUCCACUUCCUCAAUGAGAAAAAAUUGUGCCAAAGAAUAUAUAGCCCAAAUUAGCUAUCCUAGCUAUGCCAAAUGAUUAUGUAUUUUUGAUAGUGCGAAAUUCACUCUGGAAAAUUUAGUUGAAAUUUUUAAUAGUGAGGCAUUUCAUCUAAAAAACCGUUAAAUUUCGAUGAAAUUGUACAUAUUAAUAUUCCGAUGAAAUGCGCAUUAUCAAAAAAUGCACGAUCAUUGGAUUUUACCCAGCUAUUCUCCUCUAAUCUUAUGUUUCAGUUUUUUAUUUUUUAAUAUCCUUUAAAAUAUUAACUCAUUAAUAAAAUUAUUAACUCCCCAUUUUUGCGAACCAAUUUUUUUUUGCUCACGGAAGAAGACCCUUAAAAUGCCAUUUUAUUUUUCUGCAAAGAAUAUCAGUAAAAUAUUUCUCAAAAAUAAGAGAAGAUUGAAAUCUCACCGAGCCGUAGUGCCCCAGCGUUCAGAAACUAUUAAACUGAGAAAUAAUUUUGAACGAUCUCCUUUAAAAUUUGACUCAUUAUAUGAGGGCUCGCCAACAAGGAAUAAGGAAAAGCUUAUUACUUUUAGAGCAUACAAUAGAACUUGCCCAUUGCCAGAUGAUUCACCUAUUAGGGCGAAAAGCGCUGACCGUAAGUUAAAUAUGACAAGACCUGAAAUUUAUAAUUAUAAUUAUGAGAAAGAGUUCAAUGAAAGCUUUGAACGAGAAGUGAGUGGUUUUAAAAAAAUCAUUAAUAAAGGCUUAAGAGAGCUUAAGGGUAGGAUAAGUUAAAAAAUAAACUUGGGGAAGAAAAUAUGGUCUAGUCUAGAGAAUUAUGGCCUCAACAGGGUGAGAAGAUAAAACCUCCCUGGGCACGGGCGAAAUUUGGGUCGGUAGAGUUCAUGCCACUAUCAUUAUCCGUGGGAGGAGGAAGAGAAGCGAGAUCGAUGAGUCCGGUUUUUCUAUGCAUGGGUUUUGUCCAACAGAUUGAAGGUCGGAAAAGCCCUUCGGGCUUGUUCCUAGAGUAGAUCUUUGUCGGUCGAAGCAAAGACCUCUCUACCCGGAAUAAGCGGUUGUCGGAACCUAGCCAGGCGAAGAGCAAGGAGGAAGAGUUGGAAUCACAGCCGCUUAAUAAUUUCUUAACAUCUUAAGCCGGACAUAAGCGAGAUUGAUCACUAACCCUUGUAUAGUCUUGGCUCCAAGAAGCCAAUCUCUAUAGAUCUCGGAGUUCAAAUGGUGAAAUGGAAGGCUGCAAUUUUGGAUUUCCGAUCUGAACCUCUAUUGUCCCAAAGGUUAGCUCUCUGGGGCAGAGCCAUCUUCUGGAAGGUACCUUGAUAGGCACAGUGAGGAGAGACUAUGUGGUAGGCAAAACUUGCCUAGCCUCAGCGGGAACUGGAAAACUUAGGGGGAAAAAUAGAGCUUCCCUCUCUGGAAGGCAUCCCCAGACCCAAUGGCGUACUUCAAAAGUGACAGGGGCGCUAAUUGAGCUUCAUCAGGAUAGUCCGACCUGCUCCAUAGGAAGUGUGCCUUGAAGUCCUUCUUUCAUCAAUGCCACCAUUUUAUUUCUGCUUAAAGGUAAAGAGGAGCCUUUAUUGACAAAUAAAGAAAAAGAGCAUUUUGUUAAAAGUUUCACAGAAUUAAGACCAAAAAUGUAUACAAUGACAAAAGGAGGCAGCAAUUAUAGAAGAUUCCUGCUAAAGAAGAAGUUUGGAAAUAUUAGAACAGAGUUAGACAACUCAUAA